UGGCGCCGGUCCAGGCGGCUGGCAGUCCGCUCCGGGGGAGGGCGCCGUCUGGGGACGCCCCUGGCGGGCUGCUCGGCGCUCCCCUCCUAGUCCGUGACCCGCCCCUUGCCGAGAAGCUGCGCGGCUGCGCUGGGACCCAACUCUGCAGCCUCAGGUGCCUGAGCCCAGCGCGAGCAGCCCGGUCGGGCCAUUCCCUCAGCGGCGUCCUGCUGGGCAGGUGUCUUCCGUCUCCAUCGCUCCUGGCCUGCGGAGCGCUGUCAGCCCCUGCUCCUCUAAUGGAAGCAUCAUUCUGAGACAUCCAGCUACCUUUCUGGGACCUAUACUGAACAAAGAUGAGUGUUUCUUUCAGCACGCUAUAACUAGAGUGUCCAGGUCAGUGCAGACUUGACCAUGGGAGCCAACACUUCAAGCAAAGCACCAGUGUUCGAUGAAAACGAGGAUGUCAACUUUGAUCACUUUGAAAUUUUGCGAGCCAUUGGAAAGGGCAGUUUUGGGAAGGUCUGCAUUGUGCAGAAGAAUGACACGAAGAAGAUGUACGCCAUGAAGUACAUGAAUAAGCAGAAGUGUGUGGAGCGCAAUGAAGUGAGGAACGUCUUCAAGGAGCUCCAGAUCAUGCAGGGCCUGGAGCACCCUUUCCUGGUGAAUCUGUGGUACUCCUUCCAGGAUGAGGAGGACAUGUUCAUGGUGGUGGACCUGCUCCUUGGGGGCGACCUGCGUUAUCACCUGCAGCAGAAUGUCCACUUCCAGGAAGACACGGUGAAGCUCUUCAUCUGUGAGCUGGCCAUGGCCCUGGACUACCUGCAGACCCAGCGCAUCAUUCACAGGGAUAUGAAACCUGACAAUAUUUUACUUGAUGAACAUGGGCAUGUUCACAUCACAGACUUCAACAUUGCUGCCAUGCUGCCCAAGGAGGCUCGGAUCACCACCGUAGCUGGCACCAAGCCUUACAUGGCUCCGGAGAUGUUCAGCUCUAGGAAGGAAACAGGCUACUCCUUUGCUGUCGACUGGUGGUCCCUGGGGGUGACGGCGUACGAGCUGCUGCGAGGCCGGAGACCAUAUCACAUCCGCUCCAGUACUUCCAGCAAGGAAAUUGUGAACAUGUUUGAGACGGCAAUUGUAACUUACCCUUCUGCCUGGUCUCCAGAGAUGGUAUCUCUCCUGAAAAAGCUCCUUGAGCCUAAUCCAGACCAACGGUUUUCUCAUUUGACUGACAUUCAGAAUUUCCCUUACAUGAGCGACAUGAACUGGGAUGCAGUGCUGCAGAAGAGGCUCGUUCCGGGCUUCAUUCCAACUAAAGACAGGCUUAAUUGUGAUCCCACUUUUGAGCUUGAAGAAAUGAUUUUGGAGUCCAAACCUCUUCACAAGAAAAAGAAGCGCCUGGCAAAGAGGGAGAAGAUGAGAAAAUGUGACCCCUCUCAGACAUGUCUUCUUCAAGAGCAUCUUGAUGCUGUUCAGAAGGAGUUUAUAAUUUUCAACAGAGAAAAAGUAAAAAGAGACUUUAAUCAAAGACAAGCAAAUCUAGCCUUGGAACAAACCAAAAACAACGAAGAAGAGGAAGAUGGCCAGAAUAACAACCUGUAAGAUGCUUUAGCGUCUUCAGGGCAGUUCUUGGCUCCUGGCCGGAAACUUCUGAUUAUCACUCCCAGAAGAGCUGACAGCCGUCCUUGCCACUCCACACCUCAUGGCUUAGGGAAUGUGAAUGAAAAAAUCCUUCGAAGGUGGCAGCACUCCACAGCGAAGAGAGCCCGGAUUCGGAUUCGGAGCUCCUCAGAUCUGACAUCAGCACUAAUUGACUCUGUCACCCUAAGCGACUAUGUAACUACUUCCUCUGUUUUCCGUUCUCUGCUGGAGAGGUAGAGGGUUAUUUCAGAAGAGCUAGCCUUUGCUCUGUUAAAAAAAAAUGCUACAAUUACUGUUCUAAACAGCCUUUAUUUUUAUUUUUAAAUGAAUAUUUGAAUGUAGGUUUAUUUUUUUCAUUCCUUUUGAUGACACUGUGAAAACUGAACACUGUAUAGAGUGAGCCUCUUCAGGGCUGGAGAGUAUCAUAGUGAGGCCGGAAUUUCAAAGCUCGAUUGGCUAGGAAUAAAUAUUCCAUCAGGAAUAAAUACAUAACUCAGAUUAGAAAUAGCAAAGACUCCUAGGGCCUUGGAGUGGAGAACUGCGUUGGCUGGGAAUCUGUUAGCCUAAUGGCUGGCGUAGCCUCUCCACUUCUUUUCAGUGAUAGGGCCUCUGUCAGGUGAACUUGGUUCCGAAGAAGGGAGUCAAUGCAGAAGUUUAGCAAAUGCAGAAGUUGGGACUUUUUUUUUUACUCCGUUUGCCAUUCUGUGGCAUGUCUGUCCCUCAAGGGCUAACUUUUCUCAAGAUUAGCAGAGGCCUGCUUCUGGAGAGGAUCUGAGUGUGCUGCUACAAUGACCGGCAGGGCUUCGUUGAACCACUCAGCGAAGUCUCACCUUGCAGGAGAGUUAUCUUGCGUGUUAAAUUUGGAAGCUGGUAAACUUUCCCUUGAGAAACUCCGAACUCCACCGAUCAUAAGGAGGAAAAACCCCAGUCAGUGGCUUUUUUAUCAUGAGACCUGUCACUUUUUUUUGUUGUUCGCUCCUUUGUUUUUCGAAUUGGUCAAAGUUACAUUUGUUAUUUAAGAAGUUACAAGUUACAUUUAGAGCACCAGGAUGCUCACAGAUCCCUGACACGGAAGCCCCCACAUCCCACUGGCUGGGAGAUGCUGGCAGAAUUUCCUAGCUUCUUACAAUGUUACUGAUGCCCCACUCUUUCCUGUCUUUCUAUUUCACUCAUGUGCAAGGUGUAAUUCACCUAUAUGUGCACGUCACCUAACUCCACUGUGCUGAUGCGCGUGAGAGCCUUGAGAAACUUUUUUGAGUGCCCCCCGUGGAGACACUGGGUAGAAUCCAGAAGUGGGUAGGUUUUACAAAGCAUGGUUUUCAGCUUCUGGAAACAAACUGAGGUCAUCUAACGGUAUUCCUUAUGGAGAGUACAGGCGUAACCACAGUCCCAGCAAGCUGGUCUAAAGGACCUGAUUGAUGUCAUAUGGGGAAGGCAGAUGGGUAGAAAUAGAUGGUAGAUACUUUGGCAAGUGAGUUUGUGCAGAAAAAGGAGAGCUGAACUGAAGACAAGCUUUUGUGGUUCUUUGGAAUGUCUACCCUGGCUGCGACAUAGCGCCUUUCUUCUAAGAGCAACGAUAUUUUUUUAAAGAAUGAAAAACCACCUCUUUUUAUUCAACUCCUGUCUCCUGAAGUUCUCACGUGUUGUUUGUGAUAUUUCGGUUAUAUUCAGUCACUGUGUAAUUCAAAGCACUUGCCCUUAACUUUCAGAGGGGUGAACGGGUCACACAUAGCAACACAGAGGUGACUGGAUUCUGCUCCAGGCUAGUACCCCUACAAAUGUCACAACCACACGCAUGCCCCAGCUUCCACCUUUUGUCUGUCUGUACUGAAGCCCUGAUGGGUUAUGGAUUCACCUUCCCUCACCUGGCUCUUCCUUUUCCUAGACCUUGUCUGCAUCCUCCAAAACAGCAGCUUUUAGAAAUGCUUUCCAAAGGACAGCAGGGCCAGCGGGGCUCCAUGGGGGGGAGGAGAGUGUGGACUGUUUUGUGUCUUUAAACAUUAAGGUGUGAGUAAGAACCCAUGUGAUCUCGGAAGAUCCCUAGCUUUUUAUUCCCACUGGGCAUCUUUCAAGUACUGCUAGUUUUCAGAACGGGGAAAUUGCUGGUUUGAGUGGAGUGUGGGAGCUGGGUGCAUUUCUAGUGCCAGCCAGAUGAGUGGCACACAAUGUGUUUCAAGUUAAAAAGAAAAACAUUCCCUGGGCUGGGUCUGUGGCUCUGCAGUAGAAUGUGUACCUAGCAUGCACAAGGGCCUGAGUUAGAACCCCAGCACCCCAAGAAAUGGAAGCACUGCAUCUGGCUGUGCAGGAUAACUGCUACCGAGCACCACCCACUGCUGGGCAUUCCCAAGGGCUCCUGGCAAUUGCUUCUUGGUUUUAUUCCCUAAGUUUUGGCUAAAACUUAGCACUCACCAGACAAAACAUCCCUUGAUUAUUUCUGGGAAGGAUUAGGGCUGUGAAUUUUGGAAAACAGUGUGGCUGUCCUUUCUUCUGCUGCUGGCCAAUCUCUCCUAGCAGCUUCCAUCCUCCUGUACCACACAGAGCCUCUGAAGGGCCUGAGGGGGUUCGGAAAACCAGAGUGUCCCAGCUGUGACACCCGCUGCUCCCUGCACCACAGCUGCCAUCACAAGGGCAUUCCCGGUGACUCAGAGUGGAGGGUGGGGCAGCCUACUUAUGGGGUAACUGUGAUCCUCACUCCCUGGAAGGAAGUGUUCCACUAUCCAAGGCCCAGUGACCCUGUAGCAGCCCAGGCUUGGCUGAGGUCUUCUUUAGGACAGGAAUGAAUCCAAAGCAGUACAGAGCAUUGCUAAGUUAAUCACUGUCAUCUAAUUAAUUAGUGGAAACGCAGAGAUGACUGGCUUUCCUAUUGUUACGGCUUUUCCAGUGAAUGUCCAAAUAAGAGACUAGGAAAAGAGUGUUGCUGCGCCUGUUGAGACUCUUGUCUCUGUUCCAGGUUGUCAGGGAUGCUGAGCUCCGGUGCUUGGGGCGCUAGUGAAUAGGCAAGGCAGGGCAAGCACUUUGCUCAGCUCCUCCGUGUUCCCUUGUUCUGUCUACGCAAAAUCCAUCUCCUACUUCUGUCCACCUGUGAUCGCUAUUCAGUGUGGGCUCAGAGUGUCAGCCCAACAUUAAACACCGAGACUCCCUGUUUCAUUUUUCUGUGCUGUUCUGAGCUGGUGGCUGAUUUAGAAGCCCCCAAAUUAAAAAAAGACAAAAUGUGCUUCUGUUGAGCCGUGGUGUAUGUGAUGUCAAUGUCCUGCAUGGAUUAAAAGUCUUCUG